AUGUGUGCUCAUGCUGGCAUUAUCGGGACUACAAGGCCAACACACUACCAUGUGCUCCAUGAUGAGAUAGGCUUCUCUACUGACGAUCUGCAGGAGCUCGUGCACUCCCUGUCCUACACGUAUCAGAGGAGCACCACAGCCAUCUCAGUAGUUGCUCCCAUCUACUAUGCACACCUUGCCGCGGCGCAGGUGGCCAAGUUCACCAGGCUCGAUGACGGCAUGUCGGAGACGUCAUCCCAGGCUGAGGCUGCGCCGGUGCCGGAGCUGCCUCGUCUGCAUCCCAAUGUGGCAUCGUCCAUGUUCUUCUGCUGA